AAAGGGGAGAGGCCCAACUUAUGUGACACCGAAAAUGAGAGCGUUUUGCAGAAACAAUGCAAACAAGGUGGCGAGUGAACUAGGCACACAAAUUAGGUGGAUCUGUCCUAUUCAAGGAUUUUACCCCUCGUGGAAAAGUGUUGAUUCGACGUUGAAAGAUGCCAUCUUACAAGCUAUCUGGGUAAGAAUGUCUAAUUUGAAUGGUUACCGGCAUAACACCCUCAUAACAUAAAGACUGCAGAUUACAUUCUGUUAGUGAAUUCUCUAAUAUAUGUUUGUAGGACAAAAUUAAAGUCACCGAAAAUCAAGUUAAGUCCAUUGAGUUAGUUGAGGAAGUUUUUCAUGAAAGGCAAAUCUACUCUUCAAAGAUUGAAAAUGGAGAAUGGACGAUUUCUAUGCAAAGACAUUGCGCGAUGGCAAAGAUGCAUAUCAUCAUCCUUUUCAAGAGAUGCCCAUAGUUGACUGGAAGUACAUGAUCGAUCAUGUAUUCAAGGAUCCAAAACGAAAGGUUAAUUGAAUACUUAUUGGAGUUACAUUUUCAACCUUUACUUAAUAUCUAACAAAUGAUUUUUUCAGCCUUGCAAAGACGCUGGCAAAUUAAAUAAAGAGGCUGUACCUUAUGGUCAUAGUACGGGCUCUCGAUCCUUUGCUACUGCAAUGACUAUUGCGGCUGAUCGUUCUGGUAGAAUUGGUAAUGAGGGAAAUGAUGAUGAUGGAAACGAUAAUGAGGGAAACGGAAAUGAGGGAAGAAAGAAGCUUGAAUUUUGUGAUUUGUACCAGGCAUCACAUAGAUUGAGAGAAACAGACGAACGGAUCGAUCCAAUAUGCCAAGAGAAACAUGCAAUGAUGGUGGUAAUGCAUGACACUGCAGCUCUGUUUGGCACUCCACUACCAGGUGAAGAAAUUUCAAGGAAGUGCCUUGGGGAGUCGAAGACAAAGAACUAUAUAAGAGGAUUCGGGAAUGGGCCAAAGCCAUCUACAUAUCUUUCCAAAUCCAAGUCACAGUUAGCAUGCCAGGACCAGCUGUAAAAACUUCAAAGUGAGUUGGAUUUAAUUCGUGAAGAGCAAAGAAAGAAGAGGGAAGAAGAUA